AAGAAAUUCCGACCAGAGCAUAGAAUUAUCUGCCGUUUGGCUACAUAUUCCAAUCGAAACACUUACGAGUAUCGCUGGAAGCCUCAAGAAGAGCGUAUCAAUAUCUAUCAGGUGGAGCAGUGGUAUCUCAACGAUUGGCAACGAACUCAUGAACUCUAUAAUUAUCGUUUUGGUUAUUUGAAAUUAGCACCGCUCAAGCCUAAUCAGAACGAACUUAAUCCAGGCACCCUUCUUUCUGGAGUCUCUGGACACUACACCGCUACUCUCAAGGGAGAUGAGAUUCAGCAGCGGUCGGUGCUCAGAGUGAGUUCGUUAAGCAGAAAUCAUCGAGAUGUGCAUGACCUGGUGAAGACCGCGGUUUGUUGGCUAGUCCGUGUUAGGUAUGACGAAGACGGCGCUCACAAUGGAAUUUCAUUCGUGAUACCGAAACCAACUCGUCAUGUCCAUGUAUCGAACGGCAAGCGAUGGCCGAUCUCGGUCGAUUUAUGCCGCAUCCCAGAUGCUCUCAAGACGGACGCGUUUCGUGAUAUCACUUGUACGGUAGCGAUUGGAGCACGGAAUUGUUACAUGUCGGCGCAAAAUAUCUAUGGCUCGUAUGCUGGCAGAGGACAAGGAUACGAAAGCGAAAAUACAGCGCGCUUCCCCACGCAUUACGGACAAGUUUGUUGUUAUGAUGAUGCCGGCCAUCUGAUGCAGACAAGUUAUCAACCGGUAAUCAAAGUCACACCAGAUGUCCCGUAUAAUCCCGGAUUCCCAAUGAGAGCCUACGAAUUCGGUACGGCUCCCUAUAUGGGACAAUACGAAGUACCUGGUCUAUCCGCUUUCCACAACGACUACAUGCCUUACUUUUUAUGCUGUAAAUUUGCCGACUUCCGUUGCCAAAUGUUCUAUUGGAGACGACCAUCAAGUGGCUGCCAGGAGUACCAGCCGCCAGCAUACGGCGAAGGCAUGGGCGCCGGCACGUUCAAUACCAUCGACAAUGACAAAUUCAUUUUCAAUGAGCCGGGUGUCUUCAACGUGCUCUACAUCCCCCAGACGCUUCAAACACCUGAAGUGAAAAUUCAGCUGAGGCUGGAGAGAUAUCCAGAUCGACGAGUGGAUUUCAGUCUGCUGGGUCGCGGAAUGGCUCAGCAGGAUCUCGUGCAACCAACGAACGUGACCGUAAUCACAGGCAUUGUGAUGGAAGCUACCGGCACCGAUAGAGUUCAUGUCCUCACUCGGAAAGACACCAGACGAUUUCGAUACCGGACCAGCAUCAUCGUUGGAAACAUUAUGCGUUACUUCGAUACAAUGAGGAUUCAGCGAUUCAAAGGCGUACUUGUCUAUGUGAAUAACGUCGAACGAGGCCAGCCAGAAAUCUACGUUGUUCUCGAAGAAGCCCAGAUUGGCGUUCGAAUCCGCGAAUCCUAUGCCAUCGAUGUCGAUCGUUAUUCGAAUUAUCAGGAGAGCAUGGGAAUGCUGAACGUGGCGCUUAGUGUACCGCCACAAUACGGAGUGCGCCCAGAUGGUGACAAAACCAGAGAGACCGAGUUACGACAGCGGUACAAUCUUCCUCGAGUAGCCGGAUUAAUGAGACCAUUCCCUGAUCAGACCUCAGCCAGCUUCAUGCAGACCUUGACAUUGAAUGAUGUAAAUUCGGAGACAUACAGACAACAAAUAAUCAACAUGUAUCGCGUGCAGGGAUCUGGUGAGCCCGGCUCCGAUCAGAACCUGCAGACACAGAACCAGGCUGGUAUGCCAACAGAAAAUAUGUUUACCACUAGCAAGGACGAGGACAAGAAGUUCGAGGUA